CUCUCCCCGAAUCAAACAGACCCUGGAGAAGAAAAAAAAGGCAUUUUUACGAAUGAGAGAGCUCACGAGAAGAAGCCUGAAAUAAAAAGAAGACAUGGCUAUGAAUUUUCUGUGAAAAAGUGCUUUCCCUUCUCUUCCUAUGUUCUCUAUCAAUCGCAUUUCCACACUUCACCUUACUGCCACUGUCAUCACUAUUUAAUUACGAAAACACCACGCUCCCCCAAUUCCGGCGAAACUACGAAGCUCCAAGUAACCGCGUCCUUUUUUUGUUUUUUUUUUUUUUUAAAUUAUCCGCAGCCACGUUUUCUCAUACUCGCAGUCGUCAAAAUCUCUACUUCUCUUCUCUGGUGGGAACAUUGCUCCUCUUCCGUCAAAAGCCGAGCUCUGCAAGCCCUAAUUCGAUGAGUUAGAUGGCGGAACACGGCGAAGAGAAGCUCAUAGAAGUUGCCCGCCACAUCGCUAAGACUCUCGGCCGUACGGAUACCAUGGCCAACGACAUCCUUCGAAUCUUCUCCGACUUCGAUGGCCGCUUCACUCGCGAGAGGCUCACCGCCGAUCAUAACCCCGAUGACUCCAUUAGUGACGACCAACCCACUCCUACCGCUGUCUCCUCCUCCAUCGACCGCAAGAUCUCCCGUUUCCUAUCCUCUGAUAUCUCGAUCUGGUCCGACGCUUCCGACGCCGCUGCCUUCCUCGACGCCGUCGAUUCCCUCAUCGCCUCCGUACGGGGAAUCAAUCCGUCGGCCGCACUCAACCGCGCCGACGAUCUCUUGCAGCAGUGCAUGCUCCGGCUCGAAGACGAGUUCCGCUCGAUGCUAGAGAACCCUUUUCGUGACUCCCUAUUCGACCCUGUUACGCCGCCGGAAUUAGAUUCCGACGGCGAAGAAGAUCAGAUCCCGGUGGCGUCGCCGGUUACAGACUACGAUUUCUUCAUCGACGCUCUCCCGCCGGGAACCCUGUCUGACGUCCAUGAGAUAGCAAAGCGAAUGGUUGCCGCCGGCUUUGGAGAAGAGUGCGCCCGGGCUUAUAGCAUCGCCCGGCAGGAUUUUCUUGAGGAAAGCAUCUGCCGACUAGGUAUCCGCCUUCGGACCCCCAAAAUCGAAGACUUCGGGAGAGCAACAUGGACGGAGCUCGAGGACGAGAUUUUUCGCUGGAUUAAGGCAAUGAACGUUGCUUUCCGCAUUCUUUUCCCCAGCGAGCGGCGACUCUGCCGACGCAUCUUCUCCGGCUCCCCCGCAGUCGCCGAUCUCUCCUUCGCAGAGGUAUGCCGAGGCCCAGUAAUCCAGCUUCUGCGAUUCGCCGAUGCGAUUUCUUCUGGGAAACGUUCGCCGGAGAAGCUAUUUAGGGUGAUUGAUAUGUACGAGGCCUUCCGAGACAUAGUCCCGGAGCUCGAUGCCCUGUUCUCCGAUAAGUACUCGGAAUCCAUUCAGGCUGAGGUUUUUACCGUCUGGAAGAAGCUUGGAUCAGCGAUUCGUGGGAUUUUCACGGAGUUUGAUAACUUGAUCAGGCGGGAUCCGGCGACGGAGGCGGUUCCAGGCGGCGGACUGCAUCCCAUCACUCGCUAUGUGAUGAAUUACCUCGUCGCUGCUUGUGACUCACGGAGAACGUUGGAGGAAGUGAUGGAUGGAGAUGAAUUGCCUGACGCAGGUGAUCGCCUGCCUGAGCAGGACUCCUCGCCCUUCGCGGCACAGAUUGCGUGGAUUAUGGAGGUGUUGCAGGGAAAUUUGAGGACAAAGGCUAGAGUGUACAGGGAGCCAGCGCUGAGCUGCAUCUUCUUGAUGAACAAUUGCAGAUACAUGAUGCAGAAGGUCAGCAGCAGCAGUGAAAUGUUGAUGUUGCUUGGUGAAGACUGGCCCCGGCGGCAGGCGGCGUUGGAGCGGCAGUGGGCGGCUAAGUACCAAAAGAGCUCAUGGGGCAAGGUGACGGCGGUGCUUCGGAUCGACGGCGACAAUUUGCCGACAGCUGAUGUGAUGAGGGAGAGACUGGGGAUGGUGGACGUCUACUUGGAGGAGACACGGCAGUCGCAGAUGGACUGGGUGGUGGCGGACGAGGGCCUGAGGAAGGAGCUUAGGGUUGCGGCUGCCAGAAUCGUCUUGCCGGCGUACAGGAGUUUUCUUGAGGUUUACAGGGUAUUGGUGGAGGGAAGAAGGAAUGGGGAGAAAAAUUUGAGGCAUCAUAGCGCAAGGGAAGUUGGGAUGAAGAUCAAUGAGUUGUUUGAAGGGAGCAGAAGACCUUAGAUGGGAACUGUGUAGCAGAAGAUAUUUUUUAUCAGCAUAUUUAUAGUGAAUAUUAUAAGAAGAUAUAAUA